UAAGAACCAAAGUGCAGGAUUAUGGUAAUGACGGGCUGCGGUGACGGUGGGCGGGCCGCGGGCUGCGGACGCUUAUCACCGCGUUGCAGUGGGCGAUUCUUCACACAGUCACAUGACGGGCGACACCUUGAUUCACGCCGCUGCCGCACAAUCAGCAGCUCGGCGCUUUUAUCACAAAACGAGGCUGAAACGAGUCGAUUGUUGUCAAAGCGCGAAAUGAUCCUGAAACGAGACGGUUGGACGGCGACGAGCUCGGACCUGCAGACGAGCGUUCACCUUCGUGCUCCGCGUCGUUCUUUACACGAAGCGCCGCAGGUUUCAAACGCUCGUAAAAACUCGGGGCACAAAAACCAAAACGUUCCCGAGUGUCGUCCAGAAAGAAAAACCAUCAGGAACAAACACUUUGUGGGUCCGACGCCACAAAGAGAAGCGUCGGAGCGGCGGCUGUGACGCGGUCGCACCUCCACGUCAACUCAUCAGAUACGAUCGCUGCUCUGCGGCGCCGCCGACCUUCAGCCCGUUCCCUGGACCGGCCUCGGGUCCGUUCACGUGAGGCUGCAGGGGGAAGAGGACGGCGCCUGGUGCAUCUUUUCCAGGACGGGAUGAGACUGUGUGUACAGUUGCCAGGGCGACGGCAGGCGGAGGGGUAGUUAGGGGCAGUUAACCCGCCCGGGGGUUUGACUCACGCUGCUUCUAUCUGCUCCGUCCUCAGGAAUCAGUUCAGGAGACGCCGCCGCCGCAGGAGAGAAUCUUCAUCUUCCCGUCGCAGCGGUUCGACUCGACGAAGAGAAGAAGUUCGAACGAACGAGGGGAAACAACUUCACUCCGACAGCUCUUGCCGUUUCUGUCGGCGGAGUCGAGAGGCGCUGCAGCUUCAACUGGAUAAUUGAGCGUCAAUGAUCAGCACAUCAGCUGCAGAGUAAAUAAUAGAGGUAAUCAUCGCGCUCCUCGUUCCCUCCGCAGCCUCAGCUGUGCGUCCGUCACGCUCCCACGCUCACUUCAAUUCUCAUUCCACUGGUCGCAGCUCACUGGAGCCUGUGCUGAGGAAUCAUCUGCUGUCAGGACCCGUCGGGACGCCGCCGGGGACGGGGGGGGGCUGAGCCAUGCUGUCCACCGCCGUUCAGAUCCUGGCGUUCGCCCUGGCGCUGCUCGGCGUCCUUGGCGCCACCGUGGCCACGCUGCUUCCCAACUGGAAAGUGAGCAUCACCGCCUGGUCCAGCAUCAUGACCCCCAUGUCGCAGAUGCAGGGCCUGUGGAUGGACUGCGUCUGGCACAGCUCCGGCGUCUUCAGCUGCACCAUGAAGAACUCGGUGCUGUCGCUGCCGCCGUACCUGCAGGCCACACGGGCCGCAAUGGUUCUGUCCUGCAUGGUGGCGUCGUUUGGACUCUGCCUCGCCUCCCUGGGGCUCAAAUGUACCCGCUGGGGGGGCAGCCACCGAGCGAAGGGACUCACGGCCAUCGCUGCGGGAGGCUGCCUGGUCCUGGCCAGCUUCCUCUGCCUGGUCCCUGCGUCCUGGUUUACCAACGAAGUCAUCACCGCCUUCCUGAGCACGGACCUGCCGGACAGCAGCAAGUACCAGCCCGGAGGAGCUCUGUGCGUCACGUUCCUCUCCGCCGGCUUCCUCCUGGCCGGAGGCGUCAUCUUCUGUUUGUCGUGUCCCGGAAAGAGAACGCGCCGGCCGGACCACGCGGACCGGCCUGUGGCGUGCCGGGAUGCGCAGCGGAGGCGGGAGCUGCAGGCGGAGCGUGGAGAGAUCAAAACAAGACACAACAAAAGUGUCCAGCUGCAGAUGGACGAGGUGAAGCAGCAGCAGAGGCUCCACUCGUCUCCGUCCACACUCCCUCCCAAAGACAUCAGGGACAACUACAGCCUGCAGGAGUACGUCUGACCCCCGGGGGGGGGGGCAUCACCAGACGUGGGAAAUGACAGAUUGUGUGUGGAUUCACGCAAAGAAAGGACGUGAGAAGGAAACAAAGAAAAAGAAAAAGCUUCACAAACCAAAGGUCUGACGCCAACACAGGAAAUGAGCAGAAACAAAGAAAGAAAAAGACUGAAAUUAGAAAUUCAUCAUUUUCCAGCUGUAGAUGUCGUCGGCCCUCGAUGAAAUGUUCAAAACAUGAUUCAUUCAGAUAAACUGUUCGGAGCAGGAGAGAAGUUACGUUGCUGUGAUUCACACGUGAUGCUCGAAACAACUGCGCUCAAAUAUUCUACCUCUAACGUUAAUAGUUUUGCUAAGGUUAUUAAAAGUUAGCUAACAGUUAUUACAGGUAAGCUAACGUUAUUAGAAUGUAACUAACGUUAUAACGCUGCAGCAGCUAAACAACUACAUAGAAACAAUCUCCUGUCGUCCUCACGCGUUGCACAAGAAUCAAAGACAGAGGAAAAAGGAUUUGUAGCAUUUAGAGGAACAAUCGGAUCAUUUUCACGUUACAAAGUUGCUACAAGUUAAUUUCUUGUUAUUUGUUGCUAGUUGCUUUAAAAGAAAUAAAAGUUUGUCGAGCAGACGAAACCUUGAAAUGCAUCUUGAACCAUGAACAGAAAUAAUGAGCUGCACUCGUCCACACGCGUCGACUGCAGAGACAACGUCACUUGAAUUCCAGAUCCCGAGUCAGAAGGACGAGUCUGUUCCGUCAGUCGAGGUGAAGAGAGAUAAUGAUGCUCUUUGCUUCAUUAUCUCUCACACGGUUGGAUGCUCCCUGCUCACCCCCCUCCACCUCCU